AACAAUUAGACCGGGUCUAGCCCACUGCUAGACGCACUGUAAUUUUCGGCUAAAAUCCCUACCACAAUGACUGUAAACCAUUGAGUUAGUUGGAGGAUGUGCGUACAAUAAUGAUACCUGCAUGCCACGAUAAUAUCGUAAUAAAGAAAUUUUACAAUUGAUUGCGCGAUUUUAAUAAUAAUUGAACGAUCCGAUGAUUAAAAUGGGUGCCAUUGUCGGACUGUUGCUAUUGACUCUUUUGUGUGCCAGUGUCGGUAGAGUGCAAGGCGAGUGCAGAUACGUGGAGAACAAGGAUAUGGUAGAGUACUCGUGCGUAGGUGGUCAGCUCUCCGAUUUGAACGACCUUCCGAAAUCUGUUGGAAAGAUUCUCAUUACAGACAUGCCAAUUUCUCUGAUAACUAGAGACACGUUCUCAAGGUUUCGCUCCAAUCUCUGGGUCCUCGGUUUGUCCCAUUGUGGGGUAACUGAUAUCGAGCCGGACGCUUUUCGACAUUUCUCGGAUCUCCAGCAACUGAGUUUGGAGAACAAUCACUUGACCACCGUCAAGGAAUCUUGGUUCAGGGGCUUGAAUUAUUUAACGUACUUGGACUUGAAUUACAACCAAAUACGCACCAUCGAGGACGGUGUGUUCAAAAUGUUGCCCAGCCUCAUAGAGCUGAGGCUCUCUGGUAACCGUCUGGAAUGCUUGAAUAUCAAGGCUAUGUCGCAUAUAAAGGAUCUGAGGAGAAUAUUCCUCACCGAAAACACAGAGUUCAAGUGUCCCAACGCUGUAAGCACCUACCUCGAGAGCCGCGGGGUGCUCUUCGAAAGGGACCCUGAAUGGAAUAAAAUACCCGACGACUUGAUCGAGGUGGAAGCCCCGAUCGAGUACAGUAUCGAAUACGAGGAUGUCACUUCGGCUCCAACAACGCCGUUACCCACGCAUCGAGAAAGACUGCAUCCCACGCCACGGACACCGCGUCCCUCCAUGGAAUCGACGCCAUCUUAUCCACUGCCGAGGUUCCACACUACCGAAGAAGUCGUCUAUCGUCCGGAUUGGAGAACCGUAACUCCGGAUUGGAGAACCAUGCAAAGACCAUCGACGAUCUCCUACGAAGACGUUCAACAGCAUACAACGAUGAGACCACCGUACGACCCGAACAGUGUCUACGUUCCCCAAAGAGUUGUUCCACCUGUCGAUACAACAACGGGUUCGCCACCCGACGUGAGACAGUACGACAACUUGGAACCAACCUGGAGACCUUGGCCCAGAUUCCCAGAAACCACCAGCGCCACGUCCGAAUUCCCGCUUUAUCCGUCCCGUGAAAACGAGGACAGACGUUUCAAGCAACCGUAUUAUCUGAGCGAAACUACAAACCUGCCCCCAUUGGCACCUGGCCCGGAAGAUCGUCACGAAACGCCACCUUUCGUGGAAUCUAAUAUCGAUCACACCGCCUGGCCCGACUACAGACCCCCAGAGUAUAGGUCCCCGCCAACGGUCGCCCCAGCGUUUACGGUCAACGUUCGACCUAUGUCGCCAACGUCGCCAGAAAUUAAUCAAUCGGUUUGGCCAGCUCCUCAGGAUCGCUCGAUGUCUUUAGAGAACAGUACACCUAACCAAGGAGUAGCCGCAACGGGAGUCCCGCCAAUUGAGACGACCACCGACAAACCAUUACCUCAUUGUCCGAACAAGAAUCUAUCCUCGUCGUUGGAACGGUCGUUCGUCGUGCUGGUCGCCUCGGUUCUCCUGGUUUUCCUGGAGCAUGUCUUUGUGGAGGGAUUUUAGCUAAAAAUUUUUGUUUAAGUUCACGUUAACGAUAAUAAUUCUUCAUCGACGAAAUCACCUCGUUAGCGCGAAUCUGCACGGGCAUUUACGUUUAACGUUGUAACACGAAUCGCGGUGCUAAUGGAACGUUGACUGACGCUUAUUGAAACGAUUGAUCGCGGUAAUCCGAGUGGGUGAUUGAAGUGCAGCUGGUUUCAUCGUCUUCGAUCAUCUUUGAUCGCGAACCAAUCUUCAUCCAGUAUUGGUUAUCCGGAUACCACAGAGCCUGCAAUAUACACAAUUGGGCUAAAGAGGCACAAGAAGCUGAACGUUUAGAAAAAAUGCUAAAAAUCGAAAACGAGGAAAACGCAGCUGCCAACAAUUUAGCACUAGUGAUUCAAAGUCGCAACGAGGCUCGAGCAAGUCAGUCCGAUAAAU